AUGGCCGCCGCUACGUCCCCGUUUGUUCCCAUCUCCACCGCGUCUCUCGCAUCCCCCUCCGCCGAGCUCUAUCGGAAUGUGCCUCCCCCCGCUUCUCGUCCUUCCCCCAUUUCAGAUUCUUCUCUUCUUCUUCCGACGGCAGUGACGAUGGCAAAGCCCCUGCCGCUCUCCCCGCCGCCGACAUCUCUUCUGCCGCGUCUUCUGGUUCCAGUGACAUCGUCGAGGCUUCUUCCUCCUCCGCCCUGGUCGAGGAUGUCACCAACGCGGGUGCCGCCCCUCGCCGACCCGCAUUUCAUCACGAUUUAGGGUUUCGAUUGCUUUGAAUUGCUUUAAUCUUUCGAUCACGUCUUCAGAGCUCAAACGGCGGAUUGAAAAGUAUUUCAAGGGCGACGAGGAGGCGCUGCCGUCGAUCAUGGAGGCGAUCAUGAGGCGAAAACUGACAGGGAAGCAUGAGGAGACGGACGACGAGAUGAUGGAGGAUCUGCGGAUGAAGCCGCUUCAGGACGUAAAGGACCGUGAAUUCGAGGAGGAUUUUGACGAGCUGUACUCAACGGACGAGGACAUCCCCGACCUAUACAAUGCUCGCAAUCAUGUGGAGCAGAAGAUGGUGAAGGAUGAGUACUUCAACAUGGACGAGCGCAAGUGGGAUGGGAUGGUGCAGGAGGCCAUUGAGAAGGGAUUUGUCAAGGACACCAGCGAAUGUGAGCGCAUCCUUGAGGAUAUGCUCAAGUGGGAUAACCUUCUCCCUGGUGAGUAGCACCGGUCACAGUUAUUAGCUUCUAAUAUUGGUAGCUCAAUUGAAUAGGAAGGUUGAAAAGCUGAAGAAUUUGUAUUCCGUGCUCUGCUGCAACACGUUGAAUUGCCUUCUGUGACUAAAAUGUAUACUUUUAGCACAUAUGUCCGCGGUGUUUGAUUUUCCACUGAUCAUUCAAGAUUUCUUGUGCAAUUGUCCAGCAUGAAAGAAUAUAUAUUUCCACUGAUUAUCCAGGCUCACAACCCCCAGAUCAGUUUUGUGGAUAGCCAGAUCUUCGAAUGUUUAUCAUGGGUUCAUGUUUAUGUGCUCUAUAGUGAGGCCGUAGGGUAGUAAUGCAUUUAUAACGAGUAAGAGGUUUAGGGUUCUACUUGAUCUAUCACGUCUUAGCAGAGUCUAUUAAGAUAUUGUAAAGAGGCCUUCUCUAAGCGUCUAAUAGCAUCAUACACUUGCACGUUUCUCUCUCUUUUCGUGCUCAAUCCAUAUGUGUUACCAUCUGCUUGAAUUUUCUUUUUCUCCUCGAUUCCAAUGAAAUAUUGGUUUGAAUUAUGGUUAUAGAUAGUAGAUUAGCUGAUAGACAAACAUAAGAUUGUUAGUUUUGGUGUUUUUUUUGCCAUGGGGACUGGUGUUAUAGACCAUGCGGAUAUUUCUUCGAAUCAAGUUUUGAGAAAUUCGAAGUAAUGGGAAACUGUCCUUAGGGCAACAAAGUAUUUUUUUCCAAGGAUAUUGGAAUGUUGAAUUGAAGAAUUUUCUAAUGGAAUACCUGGGUCACCUCUUCUCUGACAGGUGAUGAAUUACAUACUUAAAAUCCUAUUGGACGUAAAUCUGAACAAAAUAUCUAAUGGUUGAAAUCGAGGUUAUAUAUCUUUUCUAGAGUGUCUUAUCCGUUCUACCAACUUUUAUUUUUCAAUCUGCUUGGCUCCAUCAACUAUUCUUUGGAGAACAUAAGCUACAGUAAGUUCAUUCUUCCAUAAAGGAAAUUAUGAAGAGAAUGAAGUGACUUUAUUUAUUGAGAUGUGACCUUCUACGAAGAAACAGGACUGGAAUGAUUGUUUGCUUGGUAGUGAUGACAAUUUCUGUAGGUAUAACAUUUGAAAUGGUUACCAAAAGUUCUGAUUAACACGUGCUGUUGGUGAUUAUCAUGGGAAGUACCAUAGAACCUGUGGAGAACGGUUCUCUGUCCUCUUCUACUGCAUUGAUUCUUUUUUUUUUUUUUUGGAAGUCACAAAUCACCCUUAAAUGGUUGGAAUUUCGCAGGGACCUCAGGCAUUAAGGUUGGAGAUAAAAAAAAGGGACCUCCGUCUUAGAUAACAAAUCACUUCGGUUUUGAGUGGUGUCCUGUGGGAAGAUAGAACUUUUCUUGCAAGAUUCUAUGAUUUGAUAUCAAUGGAGCAUGAGGAGAAGUCGAACUGAUGGAGAAAGGAAAAAUGGGUAGCAUUACAACAUUUGCUUAGUAUUUAGCUAAAUAUUUGCAUGAAACAUAUUUUUUUCUGCAUUUCUAUGGAAUUUUGAAAGAUCCAAAGAUCUCAGAGAGGUAAGGAGUUGUCGGAUGAAUUGCACUCCUUUGUAUAGGUCGGGAGUCUAUUUUUGGAGGGUUGUACCGAAUUCCUAUAGUAAUGGAGCACACUUGAAAUUCCUCUGGAGACUUAUACAUCGUGUAUUGAUAAGAUCAUUCUCCCAACGAAUGGAAAGAGGAGAGGAGGAGAUAAGAAAAUUCUUUGAGAGAAGUGACGACUCACUCUGGGCAGCGAGAAUAACUGAAUAACCCUGCCUUUGGGGGUUUCCACAUGGGACGGGGACAAGCACUGAAUUUAUGGUUGGAACCCUCUUCUCACUCCCCUACUGUCAAAGCUGUUCCAUUAGUGAGAUCGCUACAGAGACUGUUGUCUACGAAAAUGCUCUGAGAGAUCAUAGCUGAAAGAAUGAGGUGAGGGGGGGUGGGCGGGAGGGGCGUUCCAUAGCAUGGUGGUAAAACCUUGUGUGGGACCAAAAGUUGCCAAUUAAGAUAAGAUUUUUCUAGGAGAAAUGCAAAUUUACUUCACAAAUGGUGGAUAGCUAAAGGUGCUUUGAAGAUGGAAUCUUAACCUCAGUAGCAACCCAACCUGAGGAGAAAUUGAAAAACUGAUAUCGUUACUAUAUAUGACCACGUGUUUGGGUAGGCAGUUACCUACAAAGUUUUGGCGAUUAUCCAAAUUGUGGACUUCUCAUGCAAGUCAUAUUUGAAAGCAUAUAUGAGGGUAUUUUGUCACAUUUCGGAAACAAUGUGGCAAAAAAUUUCCAAUCGAGAAUUUUCUUGUAGGAUGGAUACCAAGCAGCUUUUUAUGGGGGUUAGGUAUCCGAAUACGAACUUCAAAGGUUUUAAAAUUAUGUCUUUUAGUGGAAUCAUCGCCAGAAGCAUUCGUUGUGUUGUCAUUUGGAUGCCCUGGCGAAUCAUCUUCAAGUCCUCAGACUCUGCAGUUAGUCAAAUUAUGUGGACUCUUUCUGAAAACCAUCAUACAGCCAACAUCUGAAACUAGAAAAACAGUAAUGAAGCUUUUUCCAUUCCUCAUAAUGGAAGAGAGAAGAAACAAAAGAAACUUCCCUUGGACGCAAAUUCAACGUGACAACCAAUAGUGUCUAUUCCAUGGGCAGAUGGUGCAGAUUAGGGGAAAUUCCAGUGGAUUUCACUCCACUACUUGUUGAAUGACGGAUUGACCUUUUGUUGGGUGUGACAGUGAGUGAUGCCUUUGGCUGAUUGCAGGAAUGAUUUUUCAUAUUUCUGGAGUUGUGCUUUGUAACGGACAAAAUUCUGACUCAUUAUGAGAUCUGUUUCGUAGGAUUGCAGUUUAUGAAACCUUAAACAACUAUUAGCUUGGAAUGAGGCACAUGUGACAUGAAAUACUUUGGUUAUUUUGAAGCACAUCACAAAUAACGUUCAGUGGGAAAAAAAAUUAUUCAUGAAAGGGUUUGCUGAGAACCUCUUUUGAAUCAUACUAGGGAAAUUGAAUAGUGAAACUUAAUAUUGUGUUGCAAUCCAGGUUUUGCAUUUCACUUGUUGUACGGAUAUCUGGACACGUACAUGUUUGCUGGGCUCUUGUAAACGUUUAUCCCAAAAUGCUCUUCUUGCAGGAACUUUUGGUGCCAGAAAUCAAUUUGAAAUCAGAAGUGCUCAAUAGUCAUGAACUUUCUUUGGAGGAAUGAAAUUUACGAGCCUUAAUUGUAUUGAGUGGAAACAAAAGUCUCAGUAGGAUCAUCUGUGGUUUUAUUAUGAACUUGUCUCGUCUCUGCUUAUAUGGAAUACAAGGUCUAAAGAUGGUUCCCUUCGUAUCCUCUAUAGGCUUCUGAUGUAGACGCCUGUUCAAACGUAACUAACGAACGUGCAUGGAUGAGAUGGUUACUGUGGCUGAACUCAGACCGUUACCAAGUUGAUCAUGGCAAUGUCUUGUUCCAAUUGACUCAGAUGACUCUUCGGGUUACAUUGUCGAUUCCUCUCCGGAAAAUGUUAUGUAUUCAACUUGAGAUUCUAUUAUGGCCCUUGGUUUCAUAGAUUGGCUCUACUUUGAAACAUACGAAACAAGAAAUAAUUGUGUCCUUGGAUUCAGGAAAAGGGUCUUGAAGAAGAAAUUAGCAUGUAAUUUAUGUCUAUGGUCAAGUGCCUACUGGUUGUGUAAUUAAAUAGUUGUGUUAGGUUUUAAUGAAAAUAAGCAUGGGGAAAAGUCUUAAAAAAUAAUAACUUUGGAUGAUCUGGUUCUUUGGCAAUCUAUGCGAGGUUUUCUUGUUGGAAAUUCAGGGGUUACUAAGUUGACCAUCUAUGCAACUUUCGUGUGAUGUUAGUGUUGCAGGAGUCAUCUUGACUCGAUUUGACUGUAUUAAGACAUCUGUUGGAGAAGUCAUCUGUUGCAGGAUGGGUUUCCUUUUGCUUUCAGAAAUGCAGUGAACUUCAAAAAUUAUCAAGUUCCGAUCCAUUUAUUCUAAAUCAUCAUAUUGACGAAACAGCAGUUGUGGAUCUACUAUCCAGUCUUCUGUAGUCUUGCGAGCUAAACAGGAUUUUUAGAUGGAAUCAAUCGAACAGAUUCAAAUUUAAUUCAACCGCAUAAAUUUUCAUGUUACGAAACGAUUGCAAAUUUUCCAUUUUGUAUGUUAUUUGGGAUCGAACAUAUCGGUUCCCAGAGUUUACAGCCAAACACCAGAGAAAUUGAUGUCAGUUAAGGGAAUGGGAUGAAUGAUCAUAGAAAAAAGUUUCAUGUUAGAAAAAUGAGUUUCAGGAGUUCAGUUGUACGGGUAUCUUUGGAUGGAUCAUUAUUAAAGUUAUGGGAGAAUUGUUUCAGAAAACUGCUAAGUGGACCAUAAUCAUAAUAGCAGUAAUGACUUAUGGCGGGAGUUCUUAAAUAAGAAAGGUUUCGUUAUCUUAGGGUGCACUCUUUUUUUUAAGAAUGGAAACCAAAAGUUGCUGCUUUUAAAAUUCCAAAGGCUGAUCAAUCUUGUAGAGAAUAUCACACUGACACUUUUCCAGUCUUUUCUGUUGAAGCUUUGCAUCUUGAGUUUGCCCAAUUUGACGAAGUUAUUGGUGGUGAAGUAAUUCAAGAUUACUUUCUAUCAGAUAUGUGGUGGUAUUUUUUUCCUGGUUUUAAGGAGCAUAUGAGUUAUUUAGUAAUCAGAAGUCCACUGAGGAUGGCUCCUGGAUCUGUUGCUGAUUACUUGUGAUGAGAAGUAAUCAGAGAAAGUAGAAGGCUUUAAAUGAGGACUUUGCUACAUUAUUGUUGUCCGUAGGUUUAUCACUGAAGAUCAAGGACAAAUAUUAGACAACUUUAACCAUCAUAAGAGACAACUUAUCCUGAAAAAUCCAUAAGGACAACAAAGUUUGCAUUGUAGUAAAACCAGGUUUUGCAAAAGCUCAUACAGAAUAAGUUGGAGUAGCUUAAAAAGAACAUUGUUUUUUAUUAGAUUUAAUGAAAGAAUGCAUAACUGAAUGAUAAAUUGCAUCACAACGGCAGUGUUUUCUGUCCACCCUGAACUGUGAACUGAUUGUCCAUCUUAAGACUUCAAGAGCUUUUGGACAAUCGACUCGAUUGUCCCAAGUCCCAGCAACGCUACCUUCCCAUGUGACAAUAUAAAAGCAUCAAGACUGGAACGAGAGGGUUAGUUGACGGAACUCUGGUAAGUUCCUGUUGCAUAUCUUUCGUGCAUCUCAAAACUGCUGUUGAUACGAUUUAUUUGAUAAGGAUUAUGUACAGAAAACUGACAUGUUAAUUUGGCCUCUUAUAUGGCUUGAAAGGAUGAUUUGACUGUGCAAAUCUUAACAACAAAUUAAUUAUUGUAAGUAGGAUUUAGGAUACAAGUAUGACUAGAGAUAUUUAAUCAUUGGCCUUUAUCCUUGCUGAAUUCUCAUUUCAGUACAUUGGUCUCCCAUCAUUUGUAGGCAGAAUUAGAAUAUAAGGGUGUAAGGGUGAACGCAAAUGAUUUAGUGUUCUGAUUCUAGAUUGGAAGGGUGGAACUACUUUCUGCUGCAGCAAGAUGGAUUCUUUCUGAAACACUAUUCUAUCUACUUUGGCCAUGUUUAUGACUCUCAUCUUCAGGACAGAAAUUUGACCAGAAAAAAAAUUGAAUUCCUCAGAAGCCAGUUCUUUCCGGAGCAGGGUAAAUAGCAUCGUCUAAUCUGAUGGAGUAUAGUGACCAGACCAAUGAAAGGUAUACAUUCAUUUUUGAAAAACGGAGAUGGAUGAUGAUUUAUCCACUAUCUUUUCCUUUAGGAAAACUGACGCCAUGUAGAGUUUGGUGGUAAAAAACGAUUUGGAAGAAUAAAAUUUCUUCCUUCAAAAGUAAGAUUUUUUUAGAAGUUGGCUAGCAUGUGGCUGCCUUUGUGUGACAGAAUCCAAAGCUUAAAGCUUAAUAUCAAAAUAGGUAUGCGAAAAGAGACUAUUUGUCAUUGAUCCAGGAGACGUAUUACUGUGUGUUAUGGAAGGAUGUUUAAUGCUCGCAAUUCGUUGUCAAGUUGAGAAUUACUUAAAUAUUACUUUCAAAAAAGUCAGUAUUCUUUAUGUUGUGUUAUCCGGUACUAACUGACAGUGUUAUUGAUUGGUAGAAGGUGAUGUUAACAGCUAUUCUAUGGGUUAGAUAUAGGAGAAGGAACAUUGGGACAUUCCUACUAAAUUUCAGCGUAAUUGAGGACAUGUUCAUGGUGGCCUUAUUGUACGUGUCCAGUGUGUCGGUUUAGAGCAAUGGAAAUCGGAGAUGAUCCAUGGUUACACCUGCUGAACAUGAUUGAAAAUAUAAAAGAAUUUUUAUAGUUCAUUCCUCUUAUUCAUCUGUCACCUUGGUAGAUGCGAAGAGAAAUUGAAGAGAGAAGGAAUGGGGAGUACUGGAGGUGAGGGGAAAGCACUGUAAUGACGAAUAUACGAGUAAAAUUUAGGGAAUGGGGAAUACUGAAUACCUUCAUUGGGUAAAAGGCGUAUACACUCUCAAGAAGAAAUUAUUGAAUAUUCCUUAAAUUUUACAGGAAUUUGAUUUUUUUCUCACUGUAGUACAAUGUACUUUUUCACUUGAUAUUUGCAUAUGGCGGUGACGUGUCUCCUUUAAAACUGCAUAAAAACAAUACUUGAAACUAUGAGUGGGUUAUAACCUAUGUUAGUUGAUUGCCAAAGUUCCUGGAUAUGUCCAUUUUAAAAGAAUUGCACUUAAAACAAGCGUGAGAAAAUUUCUUCCGAAAAAGUUGUGGUUGGACCACAAUUGUUUUGGGGCCUUCCCUUGGUUGUUUCAUCCCUCCAACACUAGCUGGGUAAAGAAAAAUCAUUGGUGCAUUUUACUUAUUUGCGAUGAUUGACAGAAAGUUGAUACAAUUGGAAACAAGGUUUUCAGUGAGAUAUGAUGCAUGAAGGCCCUGAAUAAGGAAAACUAAUGGCAUCAGGGACACCAUAAUUUUCAUUUGAAAACUAAACAGCUUACAAACAUCUCAUGAUUAACUCUCAUAACCAAAAAAAUUCAAACGGCUACAAUGAGAAGACUGUAUUUUAAUCAUGGCUUUAAAUUUCACUGACGAUAAUGGAGUUCUUUUAUAUAUUGAGAAGUCUGUCAAUCUUAUGUUGUGUAAUUGUGGUCUAAUAUUUUGGAUUUGGAUUAGUUUUUCUGAUGUUGUAUGUCUAUCUAAUGCAAAAUAUUUGACUAGUGAUAAUCGAUGGACUUGUAUUUCUUUUUCUUGUUUAUGAAUGAUUUUCAUUUUGGGGAUCUUUCACUAAAUAGUUUUGGCUGAUUUCAUGUUAGAUGAGAUAAAACAGAAGAUUGAGGCAAGAUUUUAUGAACUGGGAGACAUGUGCGAAAAAGGAGAGCUGCAGCCUGAAGAGGCAUAUGAGCUCUUUAAAGAAUUUGAGGACAAGGUGGUUCUGGAAUGUUCAGAGACGAUGCUUGCAAAUGAGUCCACUGAGGAAGAAAAGAUUUCUGAUGGAGUAACGAAAGAAGACUUUAGUAACCCGCCAGGUGAGGGACCUAUUCUGAAGUGGGAAACACGUGCAGUCUUUGCACCUGGUGGAGAUUCGUGGCAUCCGAAAAACAGAAAGGUCAACCUUUCAGUGACUGUGAAAGAACUGGGCCUUUCAAGACAUGCUUUCCGACGACUGAGAGAAAUUGUUGGAAAGAGAUAUCAUCCAGGUAGAGAUGAGCUUGUUCUCAUCAGUGAGAGGUACAACACUAACUCUUGCCUAUUUACGUGACAUUGCACUGUAUGAUUUGACUAUUUAAAUUGGAAUUCGGUAUCUUCUGAUUACUGUUCAACCAUAGGUUAUUUGUUGCUUCAAGAUGCCUAAAUUUCUGCCCUUGUUCUUAUUUCUCUGGUCAAAUAUCUUUAAUUAUGAAGAAUAUGAUAUGGAUUUUUACUGAUGGGGGGUUUUCUACUUAUGUUAUUAGUUAGAUGCGAUGACACGAGUGGAAUUUCUUAAGGUCGCUGAAAUUUCAAAUGGCGGUUUGAAAUAUAGUAAUCCUUUCUUUUAGUCAAUUUUUCGCAUCACAUGACAUUGACACAUCACAUGAACACAGUAAGUUUUGCAACUGAUUUUUGUAAAUAUUUUUGAAAUUUUUCUUAAAGAUGGUUUAAUUUCUUUAAUGAUAUUGCUGGUUAAGUUAGUUUUGCCAAAGAUGAGUAACUAAAAAGGGACAUUGGAUUAGCACACUAGAAAAUAUUCAUUAAUCAGUGGAUUGCUAAUGAGAUAUUGACCAGACUCCCAUGAAUGUGGGUGUUUUUUGUCUAUUUGUUCCUUGGGGCUUGCGGAAGCGCUCAAUAAAGAUGUGAAGUAAAGACUUGUGCGAUUCUGCUAAUCUUUACUUUUUAAAAUUCUCGAUUAGUCUUGGAACCAUGUUCGAUUCACGUUUGCCAGUUGACGCGAACUAAAUAUUUGAAAAUAUCAAAUUUGUUAAUACUCAGUUUUCAUGCUUCCCAUCUUAAAGUAUUUUCCGUCCAUUUCGGAAAAGGAAAAUUCUUCUUCAACCAGAUUAUUGAAGCUGAUUUUAGUGGGCUUGUCUCUUAUUUUCAUGGGACCUCUUGUCUUCUUAAGGUUCGACCAUCGGGAGGAGAAUAGGAAGGACUGCCUGAGGACCCUUUAUGCCCUGAUUGAUGAUGCCCGCAGAGCUGACGAUUUGGUCAAGGAGACCCGAACUGCGUACAUCAAGGACAGGCUUAGAGCCAAUCCAAAAUUCAUGGAGCACCUGCGAGGAAAGCUCGCUCAAAGUCAUCUAUCCCCUUCUUCCGCUCCUUUGUAA